AUGUCGGAAAACACAUGGCUUAGAAAGGCUAGGCUAAACGGAAACGUCGGUCAGUGGUCUGACUGGUCCGAGUGUAAAGGUGCUGUUGGAGAGGAGUGUGUCAAGACCCGCAGACGGACAUGCACCCCUAAACGGAACAAUCCAUGCGGUUGUCGUGAUGUCCAACCCAGGCAGCGGCGAACCAUACCAGUUAAAGUAACCUUUCAUCAAUACCAUGAUGUGCCGAGAACAAAACAAGAUGCGCUGCAGCUGGGAUGGGUGAAAAAGGAUGUUGGUGCUGAUUGCCAAGGCACAUAUUUCAACGGUGAGCGUUUCUGGAAGGACAGCGACCUGGCCGUGAUUCUCCUGUACGAUGUGAAUGGUUUCAUAGCUGGCAUACAGACCGCGUUUGAUAAAAACUACAGUUCGAACCCGAAUGAUUAUCCGUCACCGCAACUGCAGAAUCAUCCAUUGGUAGAAGAGGGUGGAAAUUAUCAUACCACCGCAUACUUUAUUCCAUCAGACAAAAUAUGCUCUACGGGCCGUACAUUGGCCGAAUUUAACCAACAAGGUACCGGUACAGGGUUAUGGGUGCAAAACGGAACCAGCCCAAGCAGCACUGUGCAGAUCCCGAUGACAAUCGAACAGGUUCGAUCCAGUGAAUGGACAGAGGCAACAUGUUUCAAAGCCAUGGGAACACAUUUCUUGUACAGGAUGAGUGUGGACAUGGACUGUGAUGACUUCUUCCCCAUGUUUCUUCUAUACAAUGGCGGUGUUCUCGAUGGAUUUGGCUGGGGUUAUGGGAUUAACCUACAAACAUCGAGUCGCUUUGAACAUCCUACUCCGUUUGUCUUUCCAGUAAUGUUGCUUUUGGUCUAA